AUGAACAACCGAACAUCGAGCUCAACAAACACGCAAAAGACUAAUUACGCACAAGUAGCUGCUGCGCAGCAAAAAUCGAAACAACAAACCGCUGCCACUACACCUUCAAAUAAUUCUACUUCAUCCGUUAACGGAAAAUCUUCUACCUCACAUCAAAAGACACAGCCACCACACAACUCGGUAAUUGGCAACGGUAACGCUAACACUAACGCUGGGCGAUCUGCGUCAACGAUCAAAGCUACUCAACAAAAAAAUCCAGUACAAUUACCAACGAAGGGGCAACCUCGAGAAAAUAAUGGCAUUACAAUUCAAUUUGGAUCAUUAAAUCAGCCCUCUGCACCCUCUUUAUCUACCUCUCCGGUAAAUAAUCCUAUUUCUGUAAGUAGUGGAGGUGCUCUUCCUCAGAUAGUCCCAAAACUCAACACGAAGUUUGGAUCAGUAGCUGUUCGAGGUGCUUCCGAAGAAUUGGUACAACCAACGCCGACACCACCAGCUGUUGUUCCUAGUGGCCCUGGUGCUUUUACUGCUACUACUACUACACCAAGGCCCGUAGCUGCACGUAUAAAUGAAAUUCCUCGAACUCAAUCUGCUCCUCCGCAACUUAAUCUCCAAGAUUCAAAUAAUGUAAAAAGCGUAGGUCAACCUUCAGGUCAUCAGUCGUCUAAUAUAACGUCUCGUACUCAACCAGAUUCUGUGUCUUCAACAGUAUCAUCCAACGACGGUCAACAGAACCAACAUUUUCACCCACACCAACCCCAAUCACAUCAUACUAACCAUAAUCAUACAAAUCAGCACGCUCAUUCGAGUUAUGGAUCUCAUCAUCCUCAUGGUCGGCCACACCCACAUCAUAAACCCGGGGGAAUGCCCGGGUCUGGACAAGGUGUACCUGUUCAAUAUCAAAGGCCAAGAGAUAGUAAAACUGGUUUAACUGGACCUGCUCAACCUUCUCCUACAAUAAGUCCUGCUCAGCCGACAGUUCCGCCACAAAGCGCGAUGUUAAAUGGACCACAACCAACAAUACCGAUGAACGUGUGGCAGUAUCGUGGUCUACCGCCGCAACCACCAUACUAUCCAUAUACUUUUCCAAUACCAUUGCCUCAAUCUUAUGUACCUGUUCGACCUAAUAUGCCACAACAUCACAUACCGCAACAAACACCUGUUUCCCAGUUUACAGCACCAUCUGGUGCAAAAAGUCGUGCCAUUCCAAUAAUAAAUCCCGCAGAUAAUACUGCCGUAGUUGUACCAACACAACCAUCAUCUACAGUCCCAAGUGUAAAGAAAGAUGAAAUACCUAUUGCCACGGCUAAUGAUAAAAAACUCGACGAUGUGGAUAAAGAGAAGGAAAAUCAACUUCCUGAUGAUAAAAAAGAUUCUAAAGCUAUUAAGAUUGUUAACCCAGCUGAAAAAGUUAAAAUAGAGCGAGAAAAAAAGGAAAAAGAAGAAAGAGAACAACGUGAACGUGAAGAAAAGGAACGCAUGGAACGAGAAGAAAGAGAGCGGAAAGAAAAGGAAGAAAUGGAACUGCGUGAACGAGAGGAGAAAGAACGUGAAGAGCGAAUACGUAAAGAGCAGGAAGAAAAGGAACGUCAGGAACGCGAAGAAAAGGAACGAAGAGAACGAGAAGAAAAAGAGCGCGUAGAGAAAGAACGUAAAGAACGCGAAGAAAAAGAACGAAGAGAACGUGAAGAGAAAGAACGUAAAGAACGUGAAGAGAAAGAACGUAAAGAGCGUGAGGAGAAAGAACGCAUAGAGCGUGAGGAAAAAGAACGCAUAGAGCGUGAGGAAAAAGAACGCAAAGAGCGUGAGGAAAAGGAACGCAAAGAACGUGAGGAAAAAGAACGAAAAGAACGUGAGGAGAGAGAGCGUAAAGAGCAAGAGGAACGAGAAAGAAAAGAGCGUGAGGAAAAGGAACGUAAAGAACGAGAAGAAAUAGAAAAGAAAAAGAAAGAAGAAAAAGAGAGAGAAGAAAAAGAGCGGGAAGAAAAAGAACGACGAGAGCAAGAACGUAUAAAACGGGAGAAAGAGGAUCGUGAAAAGAGAGAAUGCGAGGAACAAGAACGCAUUGAGAAAGAACUCAAAGAACAAGAUGAGAUUGAAAAGAAAAAGGAAGAAGAAAAAGUUAAUGCAGAUAAUGAAGAAUCUGAAAAAAAAACGGAAGCGGAGUUAGCAGAUAAAAAAGAUCCAAAAAAAGAAGAAAAAAAAUUUGGCAAAGGAAAUCGACCUGGACCGUUGGAUUUAUCUCGCACGACUUCUGCGCCUGCUGGUCCACUUAGCAGUGCUCGCUUAAUUGAUGAUCUAAAUUCCGUGCAAUAUCCACCAAAUAUAAAAUCACCUAAUCCUAAUUUGAACGCCAAUGCUGUUCCUGGAAAAUAUAAAUAUGAUCGUACCUUUUUAAUGCAAUUCAUGAAUGUCUGUAAAGAAAAGCCAGAAAACUUACCAGCACUCGAUGCUAUUGGUAUGGAUGAACCCAAAGAUGAUAAAAAAGGUGCUCGAAAUAAUCCUUCACGUUUAGGCUCACGUCCACCUUCACAACAUGCUAAAAGCAGCCCAAGCCAGACAUCACAAUUUCAACAACAAAUGGGUGAAUUUAAGUCUACACCAAAGAACAAUGAAGACCGAUUUAUGAUGCAAUCUUCGACGAAUUCUGUUAGAGCAAGUUUAGGUUCAAAUAGCUUUGGAAGAUCGCUUGCUCGUACUGGAAGUGGAAGUGCGUUAUUGCCUACACCCUCGUCAAUGGGAGUAGGUGCUAGCCCUCCAAGUCCAGGACGAGGUAGUAGACGUGAGAAUGGUAAACGUAAUAGCAGAGCCGGCCCACUAAAUCACGCCGGGGGACAAGACGCAGUGACACCUCUUGAGCCUACAGAAGGCCGAUGGGUUCCUGGCAUGAUAAAUCCUAUGCAUAAAGGAUCAGAUGAUGUUAUUCCAGUUGAAGUGAUUCAACGUAAAGUGAAAGCUCUUCUGAACAAAUUGACAUUAGAAAAAUUCGAUAGUAUAUCAGAUCAAAUUAUUAAUUUUGCAAAUAAAUCAAUAUAUGAAAGAGAUGGCCGCAUGCUUAAAGAGGUUAUUCGACUUACCUUUGAGAAGUCUUGUGAUGAGCCAAACUUUAGUCAAAUGUAUGCACAGCUUUGUCGUAAAAUGAUGGAAAGAGUUGAUGUUGAAAUAGUGGAUGAGAAUGUUACAAACUCUGAUGGUAAAUUCGUUCAAGGAGGUACGUUGUUCAGGAAAUAUCUACUAAAUAGAUGCCAAGAAGAUUUUGAAAAAGGCUGGAAGGUGAAUGUUCCAGUUCCUUCUAAUGAGAAAGGUGAGCCUGACCUUAUGUCAGAUGAAUACUAUACUGCGGCUAAAGCAAAAAGACAUGGCCUUGGUUUAAUACGCUUUAUUGGUGAACUAUUUAAGUUGAAUAUGCUUACUGAGCGUAUCAUGCACGAGUGUGUUAAAAAAUUGUUAACAGUUCAUGGAGUUCCUGAAGAGGAGGAAAUGGAAAGCUUGUGCAAACUCAUGACGACAGUAGGACAACAACUUGACCAUGCAAAGGCGAAAACACACAUGGAUACCUACUUCGGUCGUAUGGAGGAAAUGUCCAAAAAUAUGAAGUUGUCCAGCCGUAUUAGGUUCAUGAUUAUGGAUGUUAUUGAUCUUCGGAACAAUAAUUGGGUACCGAGACGCGAUAACAAUGCACCUAAAACUAUAGCUGAAAUUCAUGAAGAUGCUGCAAAGCAAAAAGAAGAGGCAGAAAUUUUAAGACGAGCUGCAAGUUCAGGUGGACGAGGAAUGCCUAAAAUGGCAGAUCAAAUAUCACGUGGCGGUUCUGGUCGCCGCGACAAAAAUAUGUCGUCUCAUGGCUCAGGUGGACAGUCAGUAAGCUCUGAUGGCUGGAGUAUGGUCGGAGGUACAUCAUCAACUUCGCGGCAAACUGGAGAUCUAUCUAAAUUUGGUUCAGUAUCUCGUAGUAAGGUUGCUUCUGGUCAUGUCAGUUUAGCACCGGGUGGUUCUGCUUUCGCUAGUUUAGGCGGAGGUGCAAAGGGUUGGAAAACUGAAAGCAAGGAGCGUAAAGAUAAAACUGAAAGCAUGAGUCGUACCAAUUCAACGUCUAAUACGUAUGGUAUCUUGGCUCAUUCUGAAAGUACAGAGACACGCAAAGUUGAUAGUUCAUCUUCUAGCGAAUCGGCGAAAGUUUUCACAUCCACUCCUGAACGAAAAAAAAUUAUUCUAGCGCCAAGAUCAGCGUCAUUACCAUUAUCAUCAGAAAAUCCUUCCGCACCUAAAACAAUUAUGACAAAGUCUUCAAUAUCAAUGUCUGAUGAAGUUGCUGAAAGAAAAAUUAUUAGUACAGUUGAAGAAUACUUUAAUAUAGGAGAUAUAAACGAGGUAAUAUUAUGCAUUAAGGAACUGCCCAAAGAUUUUUACUCUAAGGCAAUUGAGGUAUUCUCAAAUAAGGCGCUUGAAAAGAAGCAAGAAGAUGUAGAUAAAGUCAUAAGAUUAUUUAACAAAUUUAUAAUCGAUAAUAUUGUUGAUAAACCAGUCUUUAUGAGAGGUUUUACUGCUACUGUAGAAUUUCUAAUAGAUAUUGGUGCUGAUGCACCCAAAUCUUACACGUUUACUGGACAAUUGUUUAAUGGUGCAAAUCUAGACCUUAAAGAUGUAUCAGAUUUGCUUAAACCCCUAUCAGAUAUAGAUGAUAAAGGUUUAGAAAAAGUAAUGGCUGGAUAUUUAACAUUAUUAAAGGCUGACACGAGCGAACAAAUUAUUGCACGGAAGGUAAAAGAAAGUGGGUUUGAUUUUAAAUCGAUAUUCCCUAAAAAGUCGGUUAACGAUAUAAAUAAAUUUCUUGAAGAUCUUGGACUUGGAUCGUUAAAAAAAUAA